AUGUUGGGUGCACUGUUGACGACUCUGAUCCGAGAACACCUUCUUCUCACCGUUUUUCUUCUCCUGUUGCUUCCCCUUCCCCUAAAAGCCAUCGAAGGCUUCUUCAGGAGAUGGAAGCACGCCCAAAGCGCAGGUUGUCAGGAACCUGCCAGUAAAAUUCCUGUCAUUGAUCCGAUUAUCGGGCUCGACUUCCUCUACAACGUGCUGUUUGGCAAGGCUCCUGAGAGGUACCUGGAUAGCACAUGGAGCACAUUUCAGAAGCUGGGAACCACGUAUACAGAGAGGCGUUUGACAUGGGAAUCCAUCUAUACGUGCGAUGCGCAGAACCUGAAGCAAAUACUAGCCACCGCCGCUCAGGAUUUCGAUCUUCCCGAGUUUCGAACGUCUGUUAUCGGGCAUUUCUUCGGCCAGGGCAUUUUCGCCCUGUCUGGCCCCCCGUGGAAGCAUGCGCGUAUGAUACUCCAGAAAGGCCUAAAGAAAGAUAACCCGGGACCAUUCAUUGAUACCCUUGAACGACACUUCCAAGCAUUUAUGAAACACAUUCCGACCAACGGUGCUACGGUCGACCUACAACCUCUCUUCAUGGGAUUCGCAAUGGACGUUGCGACCGACGUUCUCAUGGGCCACUCAACGCAUAUGCUUGACGUGGAUGGGGAUCACACCAAGGAGCAACAGUUUGUAGACGACUACAUGACAUGCUCCGAGGAGAUCAUUCAGCAGAUGCAGCUCGGGCCUCUACACUCACUCAGGAUCAAUUUUGAGGCAAGGAGGGCUAAGAAACGGCUAUACGAGUAUCUCGAUGGCUUUAUUGAGGAGUCGCUUCAGACAAACGGAAACAAGGCCGAAUGCCUCUUGAACGAAAUGAUGUCCAUGGCCAAUGACCGCAAAGGCGUCAGCGAUCAGAUCCUGCACAUCCUACUCGCGAGCCGCGACACAACAUCGAGCUUGAUGAGCAACCUCUUUUUCGCGCUUGCCAAGAAGCCGCACAUGUACGCCAAGUUACGGGAGGAAGUGCUCCGAGUAGCUGGCGAGACGCCUCCCACUGCAAGCCAACUCAAGGAGCUGACGUACCUGAAGUGGUGCGUCAAAGAGUCGUUGAGGCUGCAUCCCGUCGUUCCCACCAAUGCUCAGGUCGCCCUGAGAGACACGACACUCCCUCGAGGCGGCGGCCCCAACGGCCAGUCGCCGCUCUUUGUGCGCAAAGGAACAGCCAUGUUCUACAACGUCUACGCCAUGCACCGCAACGAAGCCACCUUUGGUCCCGACCCAGAAGAGUUCGUCCCUGAGCGUUGGGAGAAUCUGCGACCAGGCUGGGGAUAUUUGCCCUUCAACGGUGGGGCACGAUCUUGUGUCGGACAACAAUACGCACUUCUGGAGACUCACUACGUCGUCGCAAGGAUGGCUCAGACUUUCAAGACGCUGGAGUCCCGCGACGAGGAAGAGUGGAUGGAGCUGUACGCUUUGGCGCUAUGCUCCAAAAACGGUACACGAGUAGCUGUAUCAACUUGA